AUUCGAUACUUUGUCGGGACUUGAAGACAAUGACGUGUUCCCACCACCAAACCCCGACCCAACCCUUCCACCUUCCCAUCUCUCAACUCUUUCUCUUGUUCUUCUUACUCUCUCUCUCUCAUAUUCGCACGUUACCCCACACCAUUAGGGAGGUUUGGAGAAAUGGGUUCUUACUCUUUUGCAAAUUAGUAUUCCCAACUCUGAAGAAAGGUUAGAAGCUGCUUUUCCAAUAAUGUAAACUGUAAAAAACUCAACUUGUUUGCUACAUUACCAUGCACCCAGUCCUCCCAUAAACUUGAUCUUAUGACCCCUCCAUCAUCAUCAUCAUCAUCAUGGCCAAUCAUACGAUCAUGACCAGCACAUGGAACAUUCUAGCUAGCAUGUGGUUAGCUACCCUACUUGCUUGCUAUAGGUUUAGAGGUUUUCCUUGGGUGAAUGCUUUUAUUGCUUAGGUUUUAUAUUCUUGCUCGAGCACCCUAAAUUUAUGUCAAGUAGGUGAAAAAAACAUCCUUGCUUUACAAUGGGGAAAGAAGAGAAAUAAGUACACUAUAGUCAUCAUUAGGUAGGCAAGAUAAGUAUUAACUUGAGAAGCAAUUCUCUCAUUGUUUGAUGCAUGAAUUUUCUUAUUUGAUGGAUAUGGAUAAAUAGUUAUGACAGCCCAUGACAAGAUGGGGCUUGAAAAUUGGUCAUGAUUUCCAAUCAAAAUCAACCACAUGAUGACAUCAAAGGAUGAACAGUUACCAUUUCAUUGAUGGUUUUUCAAGUUUUUAGAUGUGGACUAUAAAUGCUCAAUCAACUUGUUGGAGUGGGCUUAGCUUGAUAAACCUUGUAAGUCAAAAAAUAAAAAAAAAAUAAAAAAGAAAAGGAAAAGCCAGGGAGACACGCAGAAACCAGGCUCUGCAAAACCGCUAUAUGUUAGAAGCUAGUGGGAGUUCUGGCAAUUGUAAUCGUUAUCGUACAAAACCAGGGAGAGAGAGAGAGAGAGAGUCAAGUGCUUCUCUGUAACGUACACUUGCACGAGACUUGGGAAAAACCAAACUGGUCAGGCUGCAGCAGCAAGGUAAAACUGAAGUAGAGGACCCCCCACCCCCUCCCCUGAAACAAGCGAGAGUUUGCCGUACAGAGAGAUAGUUUGAUUACUCGGUUACUCGAUUUUUCGUUUUUCUGUAUAUUGAGUGAGAAGAGGUACAGAAAAAGGUCACCUUUUUUCCUCAACAAUCUUUUUGUGUUCAGUACAAGAAAAUAACAGGAAAGAGCAAAGCACAGCAUAUUUCACCUACACAACACAGUGCUUCGAGUUUCACGUAGCUGGGGGUGUCCUUUCCAGUUUCUGCAAGCAAGAUAUUUUUGAAGUUUGAAGUUUGAAGCUGGGAUCUUGAAGAUAAAUUUGUUUCUUUGGGGGGUUUUAGAAAGGUGGGUUUUUGUUUGAAGAGAAGAAGGCUUUGUUGGAUCUGAUUUUGAGGUUAAUGGGUAGGGUUUUUCAUGCAAAUAACAAGAGGAACCCCUGUGUGUAGUGUCUGAUUCAUGCAAUAUGGUGGUGUGGGUUUUGAAGAAGAGAUAAGGUUUUGGACUUGUACCAACUUGAUUUGGGGUUCUUCAUUAGAGAUCUCUCUGUCAAUCUACCACAGCAAACAAACAAAGGAAAACGAAGUUUCCAUUGCUAAGUAACGGUAACAGAGAAGAUCCCAUUCAUUUUGGUUCUUUUUCCUAUUUGCCAUCUUAGUUAUUAUUGCUUUGAUUCCCCUCCAAAAAAAAAGUUUGUUUCUUUUUUUGAAAUAUGGCUAAUCGUUGGUGGGCUGGAAAUGUGGCCAUGAGAGGUGUUGAUUCAAUAGCUUCAACUCCAUCUCUUCACCUUAGGAACCCAUCUGAAGAAGAUCACCGGAUAGCUUUGAACCGCCUUGGACCCAGACGAGAACACCAAGAUUUUAGAGAUAAUAACGCUAGCCCCCCCAAUGCCAACACUAGCAGCCCUAACGCCGCCACUCCAAACCAAAACCAAGACGACAAUGAAGAUAGCCGAGACAAUAUGGAACCUGAUGACCAAACUACCGCUUUUGAAACCAUUGAACCUGGUUCAAGUUCAGCCAGUCGCCGUCCUAGGGGUAGACCACCUGGUUCAAAGAACAAACCGAAGCCUCCCAUUGUUAUCACCAAGGAAAGCCCUAACUCUCUCCGUAGCCAUGUGUUGGAAAUCACUAGUGGCAGUGACAUUGCCGAGUGUAUAGCUAAUUUUGCUCAGCGCCGCCACCGGGGUGUGUCGGUUAUGAGCGGCAGUGGUAUUGUUACCAAUGUUACCCUCCGCCAACCAGCUGCGCCUGGUGGAGUGAUCACUUUACAUGGAAGAUUUGAGAUUUUAUCUUUAUCCGGUGCGUUUCUGCCCGCACCUUCGCCUCCGGGGGCCACGGGCCUGACUGUGUAUUUAGCGGGCGGGCAAGGGCAGGUGGUGGGAGGGAGUGUGAUUGGGGCCCUGAUAGCGUCAGGGCCAGUGAUGGUUAUCGCGGCAACUUUUACGAAUGCGGUUUAUGAGAGGUUGCCAAUAGAGGAUGAAAAUGGUGGUGAGGAAGGAGGAGGAGGAGGAGGAGAAGGGAUUGGGGUGCAGCAGCAAGUUAACCAUAGCAAUAAUAAUGGUGGCGGCGGCGGUGGUAAUUCAGGGUCAUCUCAGUCUCAAGGUUUGGGUCAUGAGCAGGAAGGUGGUUCAAUUCCUUUGUAUAAUUUGCCUCCUAAUUUACUGCCUAACGGUCAAAUGCCUCCUGAUGUGUUUUGGGGUCCUCCGCCGCGUCCACCCCCCUCCUAUUAACAUGAAAGAGGAAUGGAUUGGAGAUAGAGCCGAAGGUGGAAACUGGAGAUGGUGUGGUGGUUUGACUAUGCUGACUGGUUUUUGUGCAAAAAAUGUAAUGACAAUUUUCAUGUAAGUGUAGGGGAGAAAGGUAGGACUACUUGUUAAUUAGUUUCUGAUCUCUGUGAAUUUAACCAAGUUCAUGGUUAGGCUUUUAACUAUGUUUUAGAUUAUCUUUUGUAGAACUUUGUAUAAGUAUCUCUUGUUUCUAUUCCCUAAUCAACUCCUUUUUGGUGUAGCAAUGUAUCUUUGAUGAUGUAGGCAAAGAAAUGAAAUUCUUAUUGAGCAAA